AUGGAAAGCCUCGAACAAAUCUUGCGACAGUACGAAGAGACCAAGCGGGAGCUGCUGCAUCGCUCGGGGGCACACAAGAAUAACGGGGAAACCAAGGCCCCAAGGGGGAAGAAGGACUACAUCGAAAAGACCGUCCUUCACUGUUUGCAUCGGGUGAUUAGUAGUUACUGCAGUCUGGUGCUGGUGCACAGGGAAGAGCGGCACUCACACGGAAGGAAUAAAGGGGAAGGCGGACCGAAAAAGGGCGAUAAAAGGAGAAAAAUAAAGUCUAGCUGUAAGAACCGCUGGAAUGACGGGGCAGCCCAUGAUGAGCUCGCCAGAAGGGUGACACAAAAAAAGGCCAUACAACGUACACAUAUAGCGAGAGUAACCCGGUUUGUUAAAACGGACAGAUCGAUCGGGACCUUUGGCAAGUACGUAGAGAGGGUAUUUCGCUUGAGGAAGCGUAGAACCUGCGACGGAGAAACAGAAGAGGUGGAUCGAUCCGCAGCGGGGGAAAUCCACACGGAGGAAGUGCUCCACACCGAGGAAGUGCACCGUAUCGGGAAUCCCCCCCGUGACAGAUACAAACGACUGCCCAAACGCAGAAUACAAAUCAUUUUGGAAAAGGACAUCCACUUCGAUCUUUUCCUUGGGGCAGUGUUAAACUUCCUACAAGUGCUGCUACAUAGGAAAUGUCAUCAUCAAUAUUGUCAGGCGAAUUGCGUUAAGGACAAGCCCCCAUGUGGGAGCAACUUAACGAAGGAGAAUAAGAAGAAUUGGUGGAGCAGCGUAUUAAGGGACGGGGGGAGGAGUAAGGAACUGAGGGAAUACACUGCAGAUGUGAAGAGGCUACCUGCACAGACAGAACGAGUUACCCAUUUUACAGAAAACCCACAUCGUAGAAGCAGUUCAUCGAUGAAUAGUGUCCUCCAUGGGGGGAAGAAGCAUGAAAGCAAAUCAAAUGGUGAAGAAAGAGAAAGGCGAAACAGAAGUGACCCUUUUAGAGAUUCCCCCAGUGAAGUCAAUUCCCCGCUUCACCCAAUAGACAUGAAAAUGCAACUGUGGAGUUUUCUCCUCGAUGGAAAUCACCAUCCUUACAAUUCUAUCAUUCGAGAAGUAGAUCCUACUUUGCUAUACAUCAUUGAUAGUGAUAGGAGUCUGCUCAGGAUUCUUUUUUUCUUUAAUAUGAUGCACUUGUUUGUAACCUAUAUGUAUGUCACGAUAUGUCGAAAUGAACCCCCCCUGUUUUCUUGCAUAUCCGUGUUUGUAGCAAUAAUUCGGAGCUUCCAUGGGACAUUCAAAUUGGCGUCGAACGGUGCAACGGAAUGGAAACAGGCGUAUGCGUUCUUCUGCGCGUUCGCCAGCAUGCUGAGGAGGGACAUCCUGCCCCCUGCGAUGGGGGGAAGUGAUAGAAGCGGCCAACGCGGUGGAAGUGGUAGAGGCGGUCGCAGCGGGGGAGACAUCGAGGAAGGGAGCCAGGAGGAGGAAGAUAUACCAGAGGGGAAUACCCUUAGAGGGAUGCAUAACCAGGGUAGGGGGAAGUCACACCUUGUGCACAGCUUCGGGGGGCUCUGCUUCGGCGCUGGCAGGGCGUGUUCCCCGGGAAGCGAUGCACGGAGAGGUACCCCCCCCCUGGAAGAAGGGCUGCUCAACAGUCAGGCACACGGAAAAGGGAAAAGCAAGAACGAACAAAUAGGAGUUCCACCAGACGGUCGGUACUGCUACUACGCAACGGUGAAAAAUGACGACGAAAUCGACUCUGUGAACCUAGCAAUACAUGUAACCAACACGAGCAAGGACAAUAUCUGUUUUUACAAAAGGUACAUCGAAGAGCACAUCCAGAGGGGGUUCCUACGUGUGUAUAAAUUGAGCGAACCAAGGAAGGGGAUCUCUUCAGGAGAAAAAAACAAGGAGGAAGGAAUUAGUGAUCCCUCAAUGUUUAAAAACUACAGGCAAUUAUUUCGAAAUUUUUUUCAAGAAAUUGUAUCGUAA